AUGGCCUCCGCUGUUACUACAAGCCAAGAUGCCUCUGCAUGUCAGCCGCGGAAUUAUCAGCUUGAGAUGCUGGAGGCUAGCAUGAAGGAGAACAUCAUUGUGGCAAUGGAUACAGGGAGCGGCAAAACGCAUAUAGCGGUGCUACGAAUCAAGGCAGAGCUGGACAUUUGCCCUUCGGACAAGCUCGUCUGGUUCCUGGCCCCGACGGUCGCCCUGUGCAUACAACAGCAUGAAGUGAUUGCGUCCAAUUUACCAGCUGUGAGAACACGGACUCUCACCGGACUCGACAAAGUCGAACUAUGGACCGAGCAGUCGAUCUGGGAUGCCGUUCUGGAUGGUUAUCGAGUUGUUGUAUCGACGCACGCGGUCCUUGCGGAUGCUCUAAGCCACGGCUUUGUGAAAAUGUCUCGGCUGGCUCUGAUCAUCUUCGAUGAAGCGCACCACUGUACGCGAAAGCAUGCCGCAAACAAAAUCAUGCAGGAUUUCUACCAUCCGACUUUGACUAGAUUCGGCACCGGUGCAGUACCCCGCAUUAUGGGCCUUACAGCCAGUCCGGUGGUCAGAUCGAAUCGACAGGAGCUCUUAACGGUCGAAUCCAACCUCGAUGCGGUAUGCAAAACGCCCCGCGUGCACCGACAGGAACUCCUGAAGUUCACCCAUAGACCGCACUUGCAGCAGAUUUGGUACACGCCGACUGAUCCCGCGGGGUUCAAAGGCGCAAGUCAGACCUUGGGGGCCCUUUACCACGCCUGGGAAACCUUGGACAUCGAGGAUGACCCCUACAUAAAGCGGCUCCGAAAAAGUCCCCUUGACGGCAAAGCUCUGCACAAAGCGCUCAUGACGGGCAAAACGUAUUUUCGGGAGCAGUUGAAGAGGUUCGUCGAUCGCUGUUGUCAUAUCUUCGAGGAACUCGGAGAAUGGGCUGCCGAGUACUACAUCGAUGCGUCCAUCAAGCAACUCACCGAUCGCGUCCGUGACUCCUACAUGACCGGCGACUGGGACGAGGCCGAGAAAGCGUACCUAGUAGACUUUCUCUCGAAAAUCCCGGCUUCAGAGAUCCAGAUUGCGUUGAACGAUCCGGAUAGCUUUCGCAUCUCUCCGAAGCUUGGAUCUCUCCUCAACUUCCUGGGCUCACUGGAUGAGCCGGAGUUCUCGGGAUUGAUCUUUGUCAAGCAGAGAGCAACAGUCAGCGCAAUGACUAGUCUUCUCUCAGUGCACCCUUCGACGCGCGAACGGUUCAGAUGUGCUGCCUACGUUGGCUGGUCCAACGGCAGCGCCAGCAAGGACAUUCUCGGCGAUCUCUUGAACAUGCAGUUGCAGCGCGAUACACUGGAUGAUUUCCGCAGCGGCCGAAAAAACCUCAUCAUAGCCACGGAUGUUCUCGAAGAAGGCAUUGACAUUAGCGCCUGCAGCGUCGUCGUUUGCUAUGACAAACCGCCCAACCUCAAGUCCUUCGUCCAGCGCCGUGGGCGGGCAAGGCGGAAGCAGUCGACCUUUGCAAUCAUGUUCCCAACAGACGAUGCUUCUGCUGAUGUUUCCAAGUGGCAAGAUCUCGAACAGGCCAUGAUAGAGGCCUAUCAGGAUGAUGAGCGACAGCUGAAAAGCGCCUCUGCAUUGGAGAGUCUGGACGAGGAAGUCAUGGAGCGACUUACUGUCGAGUCUACGAGCGCUGUCCUCACAGCGGACACGGCCAUGGCACACCUGCACCACUUCUGCGCCGUAUUGCCUUCUGAGCCGUACGUGGAUACGCGGCCCGUGUUCUCGUUCGCAGUGAGCGAGGAUGGACUUUUAAAGGGCACGGUUAUUCUUCCCAGUUGCGUGCAUCCAAAAGUCCGGCGCAGUGAGGGCAGAAGAUGGUGGUGCACAGAGAGAGCAGCGAUGAAAGAGACUGCCUUCCAGGCAUAUAGAGCUCUCUACGAGUUUGGCCUCGUGAACGAUCACCUUCUGCCGUUGACGAACAAGCCAGAGCUAAAGUCGCACGACUUGGGAGCUAUGCCCUCGAUAAUGGAGACGUCCGAACAAUAUGAUCCAUGGAUUGAAUGGGCCUACUCAUGGUCGUCGCCUGAUAUCCAUCAAAGUCGGAUCGUGGUGCGACUGGAUGAAGGGGGAGGCAAUGAGCUGUGUAUGCGGUUGGUGGGACCUACGUCCUUACCGUCGCUCUCCCCGAUGACUCUUUUUUGGGACAGUUCGAUCACAUUUACGGUGACCUUUGAAGCAGCAGAGCGGGUGCCAUUCGUGCCCUCGAGCAGUGUCGAAGACAUGAGGGCGGCUACAGCACUCUAUCUGCAGGCGACCAGCUCUCGGCCAUGGAAGUCCGAGCCAGAUUUUACGGCACUGUUCGCACCGGAUCUGCAUCAUACGGAGCUGAAGGCGUGGCUGAAUGCAUACGAGGGAUGUGACCCGGCCUUGGAAGUCUACUCGCGCGGCCACAACCCAGGGCUCAUGGGCGUGGUUCGUGAUCAUUCGCAUCACAAGGAACCAUUACUGUUCCGGAGAUGGCUUGUCUCCGACGAGAACCCGUCGUCUUCGGUCGUCGAAUUGGAAUGCGAUCCGUUUCCGCGUAGACGCAAUCUCCUGCAUCGGCAGACGCUGGCUAAGAGCCAGGUGGAUGUCGAGGAAGAAAUCCCCGAGUCUGCAGCCAAGAGCCGCAUUGUCGCUGCAGACGUGUGCACCAUCGAUCGGCUUCCGUUCACAAUGGCGAUAUUCGGCCUGUUCAUCUCCGUCAUUGUAGAGCGGUUGGAGAUCGAACUGAUCGCCACCAGACUCAGAGAAACGAUCCUGAGAGAUGUCGGCUUUACGAGCACCCAUCACAUCAUUACAGCGAUCACCGCCCCUUCUGCUCAAGCAUUGACCAAUUACCAGCGGUACGAGUUCCUAGGCGACUCGAUCCUCAAAUUCUCCGUUUCCUGCCAGUUGUUCUUUCAGCACCCGAACUGGCAUGAAGGGUAUCUGUCCGAGGGCCGGGACGUGAUUGUGCAGAAUCCUCGCCUUGCCAAAGCCGCGCUUGACACGGGCCUUGACGCCUACAUCAUCACCAAGAUGUUCACGCCGCGGAAAUGGUCCGCUCCGAUGAUCUCGGAAAAGUUGGAGCGGGUGCCAGCCAAGCGCCGCCAGAUGUCGACCAAAGUGCUGGCGGAUGUGGUCGAGGCGCUGAUCGGAGCAGCAUACAUGGACGGCGGCCACGCAACCGCACAGGCAUGCAUCCGCCGUCUCCUGCCCGAGAUCAACCUGCACACGGUGGACACCCGAACCGCGACCCGGAGUGUGGCUCCCGAGAGCGCCCGGCAUACGAUGAACGAGAGGCUGAAACAGCACAUCGGCUACACCUUCGAGGACGAGUCCCUUCUCGUCGAGGCCCUCACCCACCCCUCCUGCGACUACGACUCCACAACCCAGUCCUACCAGCGCCUCGAAUUCCUCGGCGACGCAGUCCUCGACAUGGUCAUCGUCUCCGCGAUCUUCCACCACCCCGUGCAACGCCCCCAAGGCGAGAUGACCAAGAUCAAGCACGCCGUCGUCAACGCGAACCUCCUCGCCUUCUUCUGCAUGGAAUUCGCCAUCCCCGAAGAGAACCCCGACAUCACCCAGACAUCCAAGACCUCCUUCGCCGUGACUUCCUCCGAGGACUCCCUCGAGCUCUGGCGCUUCAUGCGCUACCGCGGUCUCGACCUCAACACCGCCCGCGACGCCUCGCUCGCCCGCCACCGCGCCUUCCGAGCCGAGAUCCGCUCGUCCCUGCAGCAUGCCCCGGACUACCCCUGGCAGGCCCUCGCCCGGCUCAACGCGGACAAGUUCUUCUCGGAUAUCGUCGAGAGCGUCCUCGGCGCCCUCUUCGUCGAUUCCGGGGGCGACCUUGCGCCCUGUACGGUCUUCGUCGAGCGCAUCGGGCUGAUGUCCUAUCUGCGUCGGAUCCUGGACCACGGCAUCGACGUCACGCACCCGAGGAACGUCGCGCAGCAGUUGGCCAAGAGUAAUAUCCAGUUUCUGGCACGGCGGGUUCUGGGCGAGGAGGGCGGGGCGAGCUACCAGUGCUCCGUGCGGGUUGAUCAGGUGGAGGUGUUUGUUGUGACGGGGUGCCUGACGGCGGAAGAGGCGGAGGUGACCGCGGCGGUGGAGGCGAUCAGAAUACUGACGCAGAGGGCGCGGGAAGGCUCUACGUUGCUCAACACGAGCUGA